AUGGCAUUGCAAAUUUCUUUCGAUAAAUCUAAAGGGAAUCCUCGUGCUCUUUCUCUAUGCAACAACCUGAAGAUUGCGCUGGCUUUGGAAUACGCUAGCAAGGAUUUAAAAAUCGACAUCAAUGAGCUGACUCAAGGGCCUCAGCUGAUCCAAGGAGACAGUUUCCGUCUUUUCACCGCUGACGCUAUCUUAAGAUAUGCUAUGGACGAUUUUGAAGGGCAGGAAAGUGAAGAAUAUCACUAUGCUUUGUCAUCAUUGGAGGCUUUGCUCGAGAAAAAAGAGAUCCCAAAGCAGCACGUCGAAGAAUGUGUGUCCAAGGCACUUGGCAAUUACCUAACUUCUUUGAGCGAGCCGGUUUCUGCCACGAAAUUGAUAACUUUUGCCAACAGCUACGCUUUGAGCCAGUCUUUGGUCACUGAGAAGUUUCCAACACUACCGCGACAAAUAGCUAAUGCCAUUAAGAGUGCUGAGAGACUCGCUCCCCGUAAUAUUGCCGCAGAGAGGACAGGUGCGAUCAACAUCGUCGAUGGGUUGAAAGUCAAGGAACUAGGGAAAGAGAUCUUACCAAAGGAAAACGAAAGGAACAUCUUGAUCACCUCGGCUCUUCCAUAUGUGAACAACGUGCCUCACUUGGGAAAUAUUGUUGGUAGUGUGUUAUCUGCAGACAUUUUUGCACGUUACUGUAAGGCAAGAAACUACAACACCGUGUUCAUCUGUGGCACAGACGAAUACGGUACUGCGACUGAAACAAAGGCGUUGGAGGAAGGUGUUACACCUCGCGAACUGUGCGACAAAUACCACGAGAUCCAUAGCAAUGUGUACAAAUGGUUCCAGAUUGGCUUUGAUUAUUUUGGAAGAACUACUACUCAGCAGCAAACCGAAAUUGCUCAAGACAUCUUCACAAAACUGAAUAACAAUGACUACCUAGAGGAGCAGACCAUGAAGCAGCUUUACUGUCCAGUCCACAAGUCGUUUUUGGCCGAUAGGUACGUUGAGGGUGAGUGUCCAAAGUGUCACUACGACGAUGCUAGAGGUGACCAGUGCGACAAAUGUGGUGCCUUAUUGGAUCCGUUUGAACUCAUCAAUCCACGUUGUAAACUGGAUAACGCUACUCCAGAGGUUAGAUUUUCAGAUCACAUCUUCUUGUCUCUGGACAAAUUGGAAGGUAGGAUUAAGGAAUGGGUCGACCGGUCGUCAAACGAAGGUAACUGGUCUAAGAACUCAAAAACCAUCACCAAUUCCUGGUUGAAAGAUGGUCUGAAGCCGCGUUGCAUUACAAGAGAUCUUGUUUGGGGUACGCCAGUUCCUCUUGAGAAGUACAACGACAAGGUUUUGUAUGUUUGGUUCGACGCCACAAUCGGCUACGUUUCGAUAACAGCCAACUAUACUAAGGGCUGGGAAAAAUGGUGGAAGAAUCCAGAAAAUGUCAAGUUGUACCAGUUCAUGGGUAAAGACAAUGUUCCUUUCCACACAGUCAUCUUCCCGGGCUCGCAGCUCGGCACAGGCGAUGUUUGGACCAUGCUUCACCAUCUAAAUACCACUGAAUAUCUUCAAUAUGAGGGCGGUAAAUUUUCUAAGAGUAGAGGUGUCGGUGUGUUUGGCAACAACGCACAGGAUUCUGGUGUUUCCGCUAGCGUAUGGAGAUAUUAUCUGGCUUCUGUAAGGCCAGAAUCCAGUGACUCUCAUUUCUCGUGGGAUGAUUUUGUCGCUAGAAACAACAGUGAGUUGCUGGCCAAUCUGGGCAAUUUUGUGAACAGAUUGAUUAAAUUCGUCAACGCCAAAUACAACGGUGUGGUGCCAAAUUAUUACAUCAAGAACCUUCCUAGCUUCGAGACUGUGAAGCAAGACAUUAAUGAGAUUUUGAGCAACUACAUCAAUGAGAUGGAACAAGCCCAUGAAAGACGUGGUCUAGAGAUCGCCAUGUCACUGAGCGCUCGCGGUAACCAAUUUUUGCAAGAGAAUAAGCUGGACAAUACUUUGUUCUCCGAGCAACCCGACAAGGCAGAUGCCGUCGUCGGCGUGGGUCUCAAUAUCAUAUAUGCCGUUGCAUCCGUCAUACUGCCUUUCAUUCCAGAGACUGCAGAAACGAUCUUCCGUAUGCUGAAUGCACCAGCCCUCAAGAUCGACAACGAAUUCCAUCUGGCAAUUUUGAAUGGACACAACAUUAAUAAGGCAGAGUAUCUCUUCCAGCGUAUUGACGAGAAGCAAAUUCAACAAUGGAGGGAGAAAUACGGCGGAAAGCAAGCAUAA